AUGGAUAAACGGAGUUAUUCUCUCGUUUUGCCUGCAGCUUUCAUCUACUUUGUACUUUUGGGAUUUACUGGUGGACAGUUCUUUCCAGGUGGCUGUACAUUUGAGGAGUCAUAUAGCAGCUGUGGGUACAGCGUUUCUCUGGGAACCAAUGGAUUUACCUGGGAACAAGUCAACUCCUGGGAAAAACCCACCAUGGACCCUGCUCUGCCUACUGGUUCGUUCAUGGUGGUGAACGCGUCUGGCAGGGCGUCGGGACAAAAGGCUCACCUUUACAUGCCCACCCUGAAGGAGAAUGACACCCACUGCAUUGACUUCCUCUACUCCCUGUCCAGCCGGGACGGAGCCAGCCCAGGCACGCUCAACGUCUACAUCAAGGUGAAUGGAGGUGCUCAGGGUAAUCCAGUAUGGAACGCCUCUGAUACUGUUACUGAAGGCUGGGUGAAGGCUGAGCUGGCCAUUUCUACAUUUUGGCCUAACUCGUAUCAGGUAAUAUUUGAAGCAGUUUCAGUUCAAGGCCAUCCAGGUUUCAUCGCCAUCGACGACAUUCGAGUUCUAGCUCACCCCUGCCGUAAAGCGCCUCACUUCCUGCGUCUACAGAAUGUAGAGGUGAACGUGGGUCAGAAUGCUACGUUCCAGUGUACUGCUGGAGGGAAAUGGUCUCAGCAUGAUAAACUCUGGCUACAGCAGUGGAACGGUAAGGACACAGCGCUGAUGGUGACCAGGGUGGUGAACCACCGGCGUUUCUCUGCAACCGUCAGCGUUGGUGACACAUCCCAGCGCAGCACCAGCCGCUACCGCUGCGUCAUCCGAUCAGACGGCGGGUCAGGGGUGUCCAACUAUGCCGACCUAAUUGUCAAAGCUCCACCCACUCCCAUUGCUCCGCCUGAGCUUCUUGCUGUUGGUGCCACCUACCUUUGGAUCAAACCGAACGCCAACAGCAUCAUCGGCGAUGGACCGAUCAUCCUGAAGGAGGUGGAGUACCGCACCACUUCAGGGAACUGGGCGGAGACCCACGUGGUGGACUCCCCCACCUAUAAACUGUGGCAUCUGGACCCAGAUGUGGAGUAUGAGAUCAAGGUUCUCCUAUCCAGACCUGGGGAGGGAGGAACUGGGCCUCCGGGGCCAUCGCUGGUCACCAGGACUAAAUGUGCAGAUCCAGUCCAUGGUCCCCAAAAUGUCAAUGUGGUUGAUGUCAGAGCCCGCCAGCUGACUAUACAAUGGGAGACGUUUGGGUAUGCUGUGACACGCUGCCACAGCUACAAUCUGACGGUGCAGUACCAGUAUGUAUUUAACCAGCAGGAGUUUGCAGCAGAGGAGCUGAUCCAGACAUCGUCACAUUACACCCUGAGGGGGCUGAGGCCCUUUGUCACUGUCAGACUGCGGUUGGUCCUGGCUAACCCAGAGGGCAGCAAGGAGAGCGAGGAGAUAGUCAAACAGACAGAGGAAGAUGUACCUGGCUCAGUGCCGAUGGAGUCUCUACAGAAUACACCCUAUGAAGAGAAGAUCUUCAUGCAGUGGAAAGCUCCCAACGAGACCAAUGGGGUCAUCACACUGUAUGAGAUUACCUACAAGGCCCUGAGCUCCUUGGAUCCCAGUGCUGAUCUGACAACCCAGAGGGGAAGGGUGUUCAAACUGAGGAAUGAGACCCAUCACCUGUUCGUUGGUCUUUACCCAGGGACCACCUACUUCUUCACCCUCAAAGCCUCCACAAACAAGGGCUUCGGCCCGCCUGUCACCACCCGCAUCACCACCAAGAUAGCAGCCCCCAUGAUGCCAGAGUAUGAGUCUGAGGCUCCACUGAAUGAGACAGAGACCACCAUCACCAUCCUGCUAAAGCCCGCCCAAUCACGUGGUGCACCUAUCAGCUCCUACCAGCUUGUUGUGAAGGAGGAGCGCAAGUCCAAGACCCGCCGUGCCGCCUCCGAAGCCCCCGAAUGUUUCUCCGCACCGGUCAGCUUCCGCAAUGCCUCUAUUUUGGACUCGUCCUACUACAUUGCUGCUGAGUUGCCCCCAUCCAGUCUCACAGUUGUACAACCUUUCACGGUGGGAGACAACAAGAGCUACGGCGGUUUCUGGAAUCCUCCACUGUCACCGGCCAAGAGCUACAGCAUCUACUUCCAGGCCAUGAGCAGAGCCAAUGGGGAAACCAAAAUCAACUGUGUCCGCCUGGCAAACAAAGUGGUAAUAGGUAGGGGACAAAUAACAACGCCGUACAUUCUAGUCAUCCCAAGCGAAGGUGCGUCAACCCAAGAUUCAGAUGCAAUGGAGCCAGAGAAGCAGGUUGACAGCACAGUGAAAAUGGCUGGAGUCAUUGCAGGGAUCCUGAUGUUCAUCAUCAUCCUCCUCGGCGUAGUCCUAACCUUCAAACGCAGAGAGAUUCACACAUGGAGAACUCUGAGCGUGGGAAAAUUGGCUAAGAAGCAAAAGGAGACUGCCAGCAGUUCCACCCAGCAGAGGGAGAUGGGUCCAGUCACCACAGCUGAUAAGAGCACCACUAAAGUGAGCACCCUGCACAAAGAUGACCCCUUCUCAACCUCCAACCAGGACCUCAAUGGAUUCACCUCCCCCUCUCCCUGCUCCUUCUCUGUGCAGGGAAGCAAGACACUGCAGAGCAAAUCCCUGCUGAAUUCGUACUACUCAGUGUCCAAAGAGCCUGUUCCAGCCACAACUUCUAUAGACAGUAGCCAGCCGUCACUCGCCCAACCCUCUCUGACCCUGCAGAGUUUUCCCUAUGGAGGCUGUGAGUCUGUGGAGCUCUCCUACCAGAGUGGUCAAUUCCAGGCAGGCCAGUUUCAGCCGGCCAUUCGAGUUGCCGACCUCCUUCAACACAUCACGCAGAUGAAAUGUGGACAGGGCUAUGGUUUCAAGGAGGAAUAUGAGGCCUUAGCGGAAGGACAGACGGCGCCCUGGGAAACGGCCAAGAAGGAUGAGAACCGCAACAAGAAUCGCUAUGGCAACAUCAUCGCUUACCCCUCAGAUGAUCACACCAGGGUCCGACUGCAGCUGCUCGAUGGAGACCCCCAUUCUGACUACAUCAACGCCAAUUAUAUUGAUGGGUACCAUAGACCCAGACAUUACAUCGCCACACAAGGGCCCAUGCAGGAAACGGUGAGAGAUUUCUGGAGGAUGGUCUGGCAGGAAAACUCAGCCUCUAUCGUCAUGGUUACCAACCUAGUGGAGGUGGGCAGGGUGAAGUGUGUUCGUUACUGGCCGGAUGAGACAGAGGUUUAUGGAGACAUCAAGGUGACCCUGAUAGAAACAGAACCACUUGCUGAAUACGUCAUACGGACAUUCACUGUCCAGAAGAAGGGUCAUCAUGAGAUCCGGGAACUCCGUCAGUUUCAUUUCACUAGCUGGCCAGACCAUGGAGUUCCUUGUUAUGCCACUGGACUGCUUGGCUUCAUACGACAAGUCAAGUUCCUCAACCCGCCUGAUGCUGGGCCUAUAGUGGCACACUGCAGUGCUGGUGCAGGAAGGACGGGCUGCUUCAUUGCAGUGGACAUUAUGUUGGACAUGGCAGAAAAUGAAGGCGUGGUGGACAUUUUCAACUGCAUACGAGAGCUGAGAUCACAACGAGUCAACAUGGUCCAGACAGAGGAACAAUAUGUGUUUGUUCAUGACGCCAUCUUGGAGGCAUGUCUAUGUGGGAAUACAGCCAUACCAGUGUGUGAGUUCAGAGCCAUUUACUACAACAUUAGCAGACUGGACCCACAGACCAAUUCCAGCCAGAUUAAAGAUGAGUUCCAGACUCUAAACAUAGUGACCCCAAGAGUCCGUCCAGAGGACUGCAGCGUAGGUUUGCUACCCAGGAACCACGACAAGAACCGCAGUUUGGAUGUUCUAUCCGCAGACCGAUGCCUGCCUUUCCUCAUAUCUGUGGAUGGGGAGAGCUCCAAUUACAUCAAUGCUGCAUUAAUGGAUAGCCACAAACAGCCAGCGGCCUUCAUUGUUACCCAGCAUCCUUUGCCAAACACCAUGGGCGACUUCUGGAGGCUGGUGUUCGACUACAACUGCUCCUCGAUUGUAAUGCUCAAUGAGAUGGAUGCAGCACAGUUGUGUAUGCAGUACUGGCCAGAAAAGAGUUCAUGUUGCUAUGGUCCUAUUCAAGUCGAAUUCAUAUCGGCAGACAUCGACGAAGACAUCAUCAACCGAAUCUUCAGGAUCUGCAACAUGGCCAGGCCACAGGACGGUUACCGCCUGGUGCAGCACUUUCAGUUCAUCGGCUGGCCAGCCUACAGGGACACGCCUCUCUCUAAACGCUCUAUCCUCCAGUUGGUCAGGAGGUUGGCGAAGUGGCAGGAGCAGUAUGAUGGAGGAGACGGGAGGACUGUGGUACACUGCCUUACCGGCGGAGGUCGUUCUGGAACGUUCUGUGCCAUCUGCAGCAUCAAUGAGAUGAUCCAGCAGCAGAACAUUGUGGAUGUUUUCCACACCGUCAAAACACUGAGGAACAACAAGACUAAUAUGGUGGAGACUAUGGAACAGUAUAAGUUCUGCUAUGAAGUGGCUCUAGAGGCUCUCAGCUCCUUCUGAAGUUUUCUUUUCUGAUUCGCCGUUGACGCUGCCUGUCAUUCUCAACGCAACACUGGGACACACAAAGUGCAAAACUGCUUUGUGCUGUCCCGAAUCCAACCUGUGAGCAUGUGUGCCUGUAUGUAUGUAUGUGUGUGUGUGUGUGUGUGUGUGUGUGUGUGUGUGUGUGUUUUGAGAGUGUGUGCACUUGAUUAUGUGUGAUUAAGAGAGGGCGUGCUUGCAUACUUGACUGUGUACAUGUGUAUCUAUGUGUGUGCUUGUGACAACACACACACACGCAUACAACCUGUACAGAAGUGGGAAAAAAAGUGAGAAACAUACACACUGAUGAUUUCCAUGUGUCUGUUCACUUCAGCAAGACUGGGGACCUUACAUGCUUGUACAAAGAAAAAAGAGAAAAUGAUAUGUUGAAAACAAAAUGAGAUGUUUAAAAAAACA